UUCAUAUCACCAGCCCUUUAUUCGGUCCUCCAUUAUUAUGGUUCACUGGUAACAUGUGAUUGAGACCGACAGGUUUUUAUAAAAGUUUAUAGAAAUCUUUUAUGGCUCAACAAAUGCUUAUUCAUACCCCGAUCAAACACUGUCACUCCCUUAUUAAAGAAGUUGAACUGCUAGAGUACUUCCCAUGGAAAAUCCAUCGACAGACACAGGAGGCAGUUAUGCAUGAAUUAGGGAACCAAAUGGGGGAGCGACAGGACGGAGGCAGGGGGUCAGGGUGUGGUUGUUAACUGAAGCUGUUGCAGGGAUGUUUAAUGACUGACCGCUUGAAGGAGGGAGGAGGUCCAUUGUGUUCAGCUCUGCAGCGGCUCACGGGCCAACUCACACUGGGGCCUUGCUUUGACGUGCUGAAGCAGAGAGGGAGCAUAAAGGGGGUGAAGACGCACAUUUUGCAGGAAUUAAAGUUUCAUUUUGAGCAGUUUGUAAAGGGAGUCACUGCAGUCAGUCCCCUCCUCAUGCAGAGCACCCAAGCUGGAGUUGGGGUGGGACAUGCAAAUCCAGCCUGUGUGUGUGCCUGCCCCCUCAGAGGCAGCAGAGCAGCACACUCGCUCACGCAGACGACAGAUUGCCUUGAGGGUUGAGCCUCGUCGCUGGUACACUCCUGCCUGUGUGUGUACAUGGAGCUGAAACUUUAGACACACUCACACUCUUGUCUCCUCUUUUCCCACUGUCCCCUCCUCCAGCACACCUUUAUGUUGUUUGUCUUCUUUUUUUUUCCUCCCCUUUCACUCACUAGCUUCCUCUCAACUCUGUGCUCUCAGACUUUUUUGGGAUUUGUGUGAUAACUGUGAUGCUGAAGAUGCUGCUGCUGGUUGAGCUGCGUGCUCGCUUCAGGGCUCACUGAGGAAAACGGCAGGACUUCACAUGCCAUGGGGAACUGAGAAACCUGAAGCAACAACUUUUUUCACCUGGCAUUCCCAGGAGUUUGGAAUUUAUUGAGCUUUUUAAACUGACAAAUAACAAGAAAAAACACAAAAACAAUGAGGACCAGGCUGUACCUGCUCACUGCACACCUCUUUCUGUUGGGAGUUUUGCUCUCUGAGGUGGACAGUAAAGGAACUUUUUAUGGAGGCCAGAUCAACCCUUUCUAUGGACACAGAUACAACCUUUACAAGGCUGGAGUCAACCCUCAGCAUGCACCAAACAAACCCAUGACUCGUCACAAAAACCACUGUGCCUACAUGGUUCAGAAGAACGUCACAUGUAUCAUGCAGGAUGGAGUGGCGACGUUUGUGAAGGCUGAGUACACCACCAAGUGCAUCUGGGGGCAGAAAUGCCCUGUUGUUGUAUACAGGACGUUUUUCAAGCCUCUGUACAAGGUGGGAUUUAAAACGGUGACCGAGCUGGAGUGGAGAUGUUGUCCGGGAUAUUCAGGAGAAGCCUGUGGCGACAGGCACACAUCCCUGCCUGAAGUUACUGGAAGAGGCCAGCCAGACCCGGGCAAACCCUUCCCAGGCGUGCCCACAGGACAAGUGCCUUCAAUCAGUGGAAGACCCACACAUGGAGUGACUGGAGAGCGCCUGAACCACAUGGACAGAGACCUGCAACGCUUCAAUCACAGUCUAAGAACCCUCAAUGGGGUGGUAGCCAGCCUGGCAGACAGACUUAGCACACUCAAUGGAUUUGGUGACUUAAAAAGCAUAGUGACAGAAGUCCAAGGCCGACCUGUCCUAACCCCUGGCUUGACCUCUCAUCUGGAGGAAAUCUUAGAUGAUAAGCUAGCAACGCUGAGGACAGAGAUCUACAAUCACUUUGAGGAUCGCCUGGACAGGCUGGAGAAACACUACAACGAGAAGAUCCAGGAAGUGCAGAAGCAGUGCCUUGUGGAAUGCUUGAACGGCUGGGAGCAGAUUCAGCAGCGACUGGAUGGAACCGAAACCAUUGGUAAAAAAGAGUCUGGACCUUUGCCACAUCAAAUCCAGGGUUUGACUCUGACAGAAAGCUGCUGCGGACAGGUGAACAACUUGUCUGAGCAGAUGCUGUGGCUGCAAAGGUCGGUCCAAGAUCUGACAGGAUCUCAAAGUCAUCUGAAGACAACCCUCACUGAACAAAGGAUCCACACAGAGACCAUUGUCCAGAACCCCUUAGUAGACAUAAAGGGUAAGCCUUUUUCAAGUAGUAUCAGACCUGGUGGAGUCAAUGGGUUUUCUGAUAAGAGCCACAUUAAUGGCAGCACUUCCAGUCUUCUGGAUGGUCAUGUGAUCCCCGCCCUGGAGACGGCCAUUGAGUCCUUGAGGACAAAAGUGGAGGGGGACUUGAGUGGGAUACAGAAACAUUUAGUAGACUUAGAGCAUCUCUGCACAUCCUCUUGUGCACGCUGCCCCCCACCAGCAGGUGGUGUCAGUGGCACUGUGGUAGAGGAGGAGUGUCCCGGAAUGGAGAAGAAAAUGACGGAUCGUCUGGACUUCCAUUCUAAUUGGUUGGACCGCCUUAACACCACCUUGAAUAACUUGCUCAUCCGGACCGAACAGGAAAGCACAGAGGGCACAGUUCAGGGAGAGAUCACACUGCUGAAAGUCAACAUCAACUCUGUGAAUCGCACUCUGAAGGGCUUGAGAGACUCUUUAACUUUUAUUGCAACUGAAGUGGGCCAUGCUAACUCAUCAUGGGAGCAGAGGGAACACCAGCUUGUCAACCAGUUGCAAGGACUCACCAAACUCAUGGGUCAUCAGGCCUCUCUCCUCGGAGCAGGCGAGAGGCGGCUGGCUCAGCUGAAGGAAGAGCUGGCUACCUUAAAAAGACAGUUGACCGGGGGGCUGCAGGGCUGCCGCAGCGCUGCCAUGGAGGUUCAGGAGGACGUGAAGCACGUUGACACCAGAGUGACCCAAGUAGAAGGGCAGUGCAGCAACCUGCGAGACAUGGUGGAGCACCUGGAGAGAAUCAGGGCUGAGCUAGAGAGACAUUCUGACACCUACCUGGCCCAGGUGAACGGCACCUUGACCACACAUUCAGAACAGCUUGCUGAGCUGAAAAGAAGAUCAAAGACUGCACAGCCAACCAAACAUAAGACCAGUGGCGUUUGAACUACGGUGUUAGAUAGAAAAACUUUGUGUAUGUGUGCGUGUAAUUAAACUAAAAUGAACGCUCUUUUCUGUGUACUUUAUUUUUUUGAUGCAGCCAAUAAAAGCCAUUUCCUAUAAGCUACCUGCUCCAGGUUUCCUGGGUGUUUGCUUGAUUUAUCAGAGUAAAAAAAAAAA